AUGAAGGCCAGGAGUCGCAACAUCCUUAGCAUCAUCGAAAACUCUCUCUUUUGGUGCCAGUACAGUAAUGUGCUUACUGAGAUACGUCAAGAGUACGGUUUUCUGCCCCAUUCGUCUCUGAAGCGUUACAAAACAAUAUUGGCACUUCACGAAACAACCGAACGGAUAAGUAAGGAGAUACAUACACUAUCUAAUAGACGAGCAGCAGUGCCUAGCGCGGAUAACCCCGCCACAGCUGACCGCCUAGUCUAUCUUUGUAGACAGCUAAUAGCUUACCAAAGAGAGAAGGUGGCACAUGCCAGCGCAGCACUCCUGGAGCUUAGGCAGGCCCAGAACUCCAUUGCCUAUUGUAAUCUAAAGCAUGCAGACGAUGCAUCUGUUGCCCAGGUGUUGACCAGUGUUCACAGUUUUCAACAAUCUCUCUUCCAACAAGGCCAGACUGCGGAUGCGGCAGAAGCACAGUUUGGUGCCUCCGACCUGUUUGCGUGUUACCGGAACUUCAGCGCGUCUGGCCUUUUGGGCCCGUCCCCCUACCUCCCACUUAACCCACACAUUCUUGAACCGUGCUACAUGCCAGACUUUAACGACUUACAGAUGAAGACUGCCGGUGGGAAAACCACGUCGGGGUUUUCUCCGCCAGAGAUUGUCAAGUCGAACUUUCCCUAUACAGCCUGGCUGACGCCAGAGCAGCAACGAGGAUUCAACAUAGACGAGUCAGAGAAGGCCCGGGCCUGGUCUAUCUUACUAGAUAAUAGCUAUGCUGCACACACCUUUUAUAAGUCUUGCUCGUCCUUUCUCGGGCUUGUGUCUAUGAUGGAUUUUGAUGUUACCUUCGAGGACUUCUGCAAGCUCAAUGAGUGCGAUCCACAGCAGUCUGCGGACCUCUUUCAGUACUGGUCACAUAGCUACAAUACACUAAAAAUUUUAUCAGAAAGCGUUCCCAUAGAUGAGUUCACUUACUUCAAGCUGCGUCAGCUAGAGGAGAACAGUAAGUAUCGCUACUGCCCCAAUUGCCAGGUGCUUGUUGCACUUGGCGAGGAAUGCCAGCUAUGCCACUACAAUGGUUUUGCCUGGAUCAUGUUUCAGCCUCUAAGUACGGAGCUUGAUGAGCCUCGACUCAAACUUACCAGAACAUCGACUAACAAUAGCUACCAGUUUCCACCCAAUUUUUUUAUGAAGGUGUUGCGCGACCCUAUCAGAUUGCUCAGGGAAAUUCAGCAGAUGCUGAAGAAAGCUUUGCAAUGGUAUAACGGAUUGCUUAAGCAGAAAGUUACAUCAGAGCCACUUAAAGAGUCGAGCAAGGAGCCCCCCAAGGAUCAAGGUCAUGGAGUACUGGCAACACCUGUGCUCACGCUAUCCUCAAUUAUCGGGAGCGGUAGUAUACGCUGGACUGGCGUUAGCAUUUCUAAUGAUAUUACUAGCGCUAACUCCAAUAGACUGGAAGCAGGAACGAACGGCGACAUGACCCCUGGGAGUGCUUCUGCCGCUAAUGGGCCGCAUGCCUCUAUGCGCCAGACCAACUCCAUAAAGAAUACGAAGGUAAUUCUAACCACAAUGGAACAUGCCUCUAGGCAAGAUGUACAGCUUGUUUCGGGAAACAAACAAUCAUACCCCCUCUUUCUGAAGUCGCAAGCUGAGCUGUCGUCCUCUGAUCGUAUAGAGUUGUCUGAUGAAGUCACCGUUCUCUAUGAGCAGACUCAACCGACUGCUAGCAAGCCUCCACGCUCUUCCGUACGCAAGCAGGGGCACCGACGCUCUUCUCAAGAACCUAGUAUGCUCAGCAGUUCUGUCAGUGAGCACAGUGUCACAGGUGUGAAAAUGGAGGUAAGCUGUACUUAUGACGCUGUCUCAACAAACACAGAUGCCACCGAAGCAGGAUAUUGCUUCUGCUCCAAGAGCAAUAAGAAGGUUUGUAGUGACGAUAUGAUAUGCUGCGAAAGCAACAAUUGCAAGUUUGCCAACGAAGGAUGGUUUCACGUUGAUUGUCUUGGAUUGCGGAGCCACUCUAAUGAAACAGAUGUGAUGAGCAAGUUAGAGAGCGUCGAGUUUUAUUGUCCAGGAUGCUACGUAGAGAUUCUGAAGAAGCACAUUAACGGUUGGCCCAUGCUAUUUCCGUUCUUGACAACAACAGAACAGCGGCAAGCACUUUUAGAAUAUGUAAUCAAGCAGUGGCAAGAAAACUUCAGCAUGAACCUGGAUCGGGCCAGUAGACAGAUCCGUCGGGAGGCAACAAGUCACCUUCAUCACGUUGCUGCAGAACCAGAGCAUGACGACCUUACUGCACAGAUCAAUGCACUAGGAGCAGAUUCUAAUUUACAGAGGUCUGACGCAGUAGCAGGGUCUACUGCAUUUCCACAACAAUCUCCUGCACGACCCAGUCCACCACGAUCAGAACGUCCUCCAAAGAAGGAAAAGUCAUGA